AUGGUGUCGCCCCGAUUGGUCCCGGUUGUCCAGAGCCUCAUCAGCACGGGCCUCUUUCUGGACGCUAUGACGUCCGGCGCCAUCACUCCCCUUCUCCCGUACCUAGUUGUCCGCUUCCGGGGUUCCGAGCAAACCGUCGCUAACCUGUUAGCAGUGGGUUACGGCGCAACCCUCGCCGCGAUGCUCCCUUCGACGAUCCUGCUGCUUAACACCGGCCACCUGCCCAUGCUCGCAAUGGGCCUCGUCGCGCUUUUGGUGUCAUGCGCCCUGCUCGGGCUCAACUAUAGCCUAUGGCAGCUUUACGGGGCGAUGGUUCUGACGGGGGUCAGUUCCGAAUUCAUAUUUGCGGCGGCACUAGCCAUGGUCACAAAACUUCACAAGUCCGGGGGGGCAGCGCAAGCAGAAGCCUCGCAAGGAGGGGGUGAGGAGACAGCUGAGGAGGGAGCCCAAGCGGCACCCCCGUGGCAAGUUUUACAGCUCGCGCUUUCUCCUCGCGCGCUCUCCCCGCGCGCGCUUCUGGCUAACUACGGGUUCAUAGGCCGGGAGAUGGGUGGCGCAGCUGAGGUGUCGAACCUUCUGCGCAGUUUGAGCUUCACUCUGGGAAGAAGUGACAUCCUUCGGACGGCUACUGUGGGACCGGUUUCCGGAAAGUAUACGGGGGGUCAAUUCGCCCGGGGGGGAUCAGCCGGCGUCGCUCUGAGUGCGCCCGCCAGUCCGCGGUCGCCUUCGGAACUAGACCGGAGGCACACCUCCCCGGUUCUUCCGAAGCCACCGGAAAAGCCCUCGGUUCCGGUGACCCUAUCCCUAGUUGGCCCUAAGCCCACUUUCGGUGGCAUUCCCGCUGCAAACACGUCGCUCGUUCUGGUUCCUUUACGUGUCGAGCAGAGACUUUCGAGCACGGUUGUUGAGCCGUCAGAAAGUGCAAGGAGCGGAACGGAAAGGCCGGAUUGUGCACCCGAAACGGGGUCUCAAGAGCAAGAGCGAGAAACGCAGAAAGAGAAGCAGGACAGAACGCCUUCGGCUAGUGGGUCGACGGGGUUGGUCCAAGGUGUGGGUCUGCUGUUUGCGGCCCAAUCGAUGGGCUACGUUUUCGGACCGUUCAUCGUCCCAAUUCUGUACGGUCUGGUCGACGCGUGGCUGCCCUUCCUGAUCAUCGGCCUUAUGACGGCAGCAAUCCUGGCGCUGAUUCUGCUGCUGAGCUCAGACCGUGUGGAACGAUGGGUGGCGUGUUGGACUGGGGACGCGGGAAAGGAGACCGGGGAUUCGGGGAGAGGCACGGAGGAAGAUAUUCUCAGGGCGCCGGAUGCAUGCGAGAGGGUUGGUGACGGGAGCGAUCAAAGCGCUUCAAUCCAAGUCGCAGGUGCCGGCGACAAACAAGAUGUGAAUGUUGAUGUCAGCCACCUUGACGAUCGUGACGUCACAGAAGUCGUGGGCAGUAGCAGAGAGAGGCAAGUGGGCGACGUUGAUGAGACUAGUGCAGGGGAAAUGCUCGGAGGUCUCAAAGGCAGAUCGGAGAAGAUUUUGGGUCUGAGCAAGCUGCGAGGGAGCUUUGGUUCAAAAGAAGUUGACACGAACGUUCGGGAACGGGUCGAAAAGGAGGAGAGAAGCACAGGUGUAGAAGGGAACCGGGAGGUCCAAGUGAGAGCUUGUGUUGAGGGGCCUGCAACCGGAGGUUGUGCCGAAAGCAAUGAAAAGCUCAACGGAGGCGAAGUCUCUAGAGAGUGUCAAGACACCCCGGGCAAGAGCGCGGCGCCGGCCCUAACACCAGCUGCCAUCCAAAGCUCCAGGCGCAAGCGCGAGAAGCACGUGACGCAGCGCGUGUUGCCAGAAUCGUACCACGAAGAAAAGGGCUCGCCUGGAGUCGAGUCGUCGUCCACGAGACAGCGUAGAGACAGCGGCUCUUUCAGGGACUCAAAUUCUUCGUUUCCGAGAGGAUCUGAUGUCGACUCGAGCCCAAGUCCGCUGGUAGAACUUUCCGAGGCGCUCCCUGAUCCUCACCUUCUGUGCCGUUUGCGGGAAGCGGAAAGCGCAACCGAAUCAAAGCCCGGGUUUAGCUCCCAAGCCUCAAACGGAGCGCUGGCGGGCACUAACCCGUCUCCUAAACCCGGGGCCAAAGGCAGAACCCCCUCGGUCCUCCGUUCCGUCGCCGGUCUCCUAUUGAGCGCCCACGCUUUCCCCGCCAUCCUAGUCGUCUUCGCAGAGGCGGUGGUAAUGGGCGCCGUGGACACCGUUAUCCCGCUGUUUCUCCUGGACACCUGCCACGUGUCGGCCGCUGAGAGCGGGCUCAUCUUUGGCGCGCUUGCGCUCGCGUACGCGGGCGCGGCGUACUGGCUGACCACGUGGCUGGUGGGGAGGGUGGGGGAUAUUCACACCAUGGUUCUCGGGGCGGUUGCCAUGGGGGUGGUCAUGCCGGUGAUGGCUAUGCGCGAGCUGUGCGCGCUCUGGGCUCAGAUGCUGGUGAUAAUCCCCAUUGGUUUUGGGAUGGCGCUCAUGGGGGGUCCCACUUUCCCCCGGCUCGUGGGCGCCCUUAAUCUUCGGGGAAGUCAAGACGACGGGGUUGCAGUCAUUUUUUAUGACGCUCUCUACUCGGGGGGAAUGAUCGUAGGGCCUUUCAUCGGCCUGUCACUUAAGAAUGCCACGUCAUCGGCGACAGUCUUGCAGAUCCUGAGCGGAUUCCUGGCGCUUGUAGUGGGCGCGAUCUACGUUGUCGAGUUCUUGAGUAGAGGGAGAGGGACCGAGUCCGAGAAGGGAGGAAUAAAACGGCAAAGUAGCACGAGCGCCCCUGAGGAGGCGAAUGCUGAAUGA